AUGCGCGUCGACCUAGCCCACGGGCCGCCAGCCAAGCCACAGAUCCACUCGUACAAGAACCACCACACAUACAACGGCGUUGCCCAGCUACCCGUGGCCACCUCGGUACGGCGAUCGCCCGCCGGCCUGCGCCAGCUCUCGGCCCCCGACGGCUGUGGCGGCGAGGAGCACGCAGCGGCCGUCGUCGUCUACGACGUAGUACUGUACUACGCGGGCAACCGCGCCUGCACCAUCUACCAGACGCUAGACGACUUUGCCGUGCUCGGGCGCGGGCGCGGUCGGGGCGCCGUGCCGCUUCCCGGCUCCGGCUCCGGCUCCGGCUGCGGCUGUAGUUCGAGGCUGACCGCCGCACGCGACCUGGACCAGCUUCUGCGUGACGCGCUGGCGAAGCGCUCGCGAGACUGCGGCGUCGAGUAUUUCCUGCGGCGGAGACUCGGCGACUGCGGAGGCCGGUGA